CCCGGAUUCACUUUCGCAACCCUACCGUCAUUGUGAAUUGGUUAUAUAGCUGCGCACCUCCUCUACUCCUACCUUUCCUCAAGUACAGCACUUGUGAUACCCCGAUUGAUUUUCAGCCUUUCUUUUUGCAAUUUCGCGACGCGCCGGAAGCAGCACGCAACAUCAUAAUCAGGCCAAUCAUACCACGAUAACGAGCAAUUGAAGCUUCUCACACGACACAAUGGCAGACAAACUUGGCCAGCUGAAGCCCCAGAAGAAGAUCGAGCUUUACUCGGGAAACUACUUUGCAGCAUGCACGAUCGGUGGUAUCGUCGCGUGUGGACCUACACACACCAUGGUCACCCCUCUUGAUCUGGUAAAAUGUCGUCGCCAAGUAGACGCAAAGAUGUACAAGUCCAACGCCGAAGCCUGGAAGAUGAUUUACUCAAAAGAAGGCCUGCGCGGCGUCUUCUUCGGAUGGUCGCCCACCUUCGUCGGCUACUCGCUGCAAGGCGCCGGCAAGUACGGUUUUUACGAGGCCUUCAAGUACCUCUACGGCGAGAAGCUUGCACCCGGCGCCCCCAAGACCGUCGUCUUCCUCGCUGCCUCCGCCUCCGCCGAGUUCCUCGCCGAUCUUGCGCUGUGCCCACUCGAGGCCAUCAAGGUCCGCAUGCAGACAACAAUGCCGCCUUUCGCCAACACAUUACGAGAGGGCUGGAGCAAGGUUAUCAAGGAAGAGGGUAUCGGGGGAUUGUACAAGGGCUUGUACCCGUUGUGGGCACGCCAGAUCCCAUACACCAUGGUCAAGUUUGCGACCUUCGAGGCCACAGUGACACAGAUCUACAAGACCCUCGGCAAGCCGAAGGAGUCAUACAACGGGCUUCAGCAGACGGGUGUCUCAUUCCUGGGUGGUUACAUCGCGGGUGUUGGAUGUGCGGUCGUGUCGCAUCCUGCUGAUGUCAUGGUAUCGAAACUCAACAGUGAUCGUAAGGCUGGCGAGGGCGCCGGACAAGCCAUCUCCAGGAUCUACGGAAACAUCGGUUUCCGCGGUCUGUGGAACGGACUGCCCACUCGUAUCUUCAUGAUUGGUACUUUGACCGCGUUCCAGUGGUUGAUCUACGAUUCAUUCAAGGUUUCUCUUGGUCUUCCUACAACUGGUGGCCACUAGAUGGAUUGCAGGGAUUGCAAGGAUUUGACGAUUUGAUGAAUUUGGAGUUUGUUUUCACGAGGCGUUACGGAGUACAGACAAAGCCAGCGUAUAGCAACACUUCAAUCAAUCGGCCGACUUCCUUGACCCAUUUCCAUU